UUUGCCACAUAGUUUUUAAGGUUACAAAUCAAUCAAAACUAUCACUAAUUAAUAAUUAAAUAUAAAUAAUAACAAUAAUAAUGAGUGCGAAAUUUAUUUUACUGGAAACAAUUGAUAUUUUUGGAAUUUUUCCUCACUAUCAAACUCUACUCGGUGCAUUUUUGGUGCUGUGGUUAAUUUGGUUGUUUGCAAAACGUCGUUUCAAUGCCGCGAGUUCAUCAAAGCAUCCAACCGACGAAGAAGUCCAAGCAAAAUUAUCAACCUGGCAUCCGGAGCCUCUGAUAGCAGAGUCACCGGCUCACCCGUCACUGAAAACUAGACUGAUAUCAUCAGUGUCCGGGAAGCGGAUCAUCGUCGACGGUAAAGAUUGUCUUAACUUAGGAAGUCAUAAUUAUCUAGGUCUACUGGGUGACGAACGUAUUAAAGAAAAAGCGACCGCGACAGUUCAAAAAUAUGGAGUCGGUUCAUGCGGUCCCCGGGGAUUUUACGGUACCGUCGACGUACACCUCGAACUGGAGGAACGUCUUGCUAAAUUCAUGGAGGCAGAAGAAGCCAUUGUCUACUCCUACGGCUUCAGUACGAUAGCAUCAGCAAUUCCUGCUUACUGCAAACGCAAAGACAUUGUUUUCGCAGAUGAAAAAGUCAACUUCGCCAUACAGAAAGGUCUAGAUGCUUCAAGAUCACCGAUACGUUACUUCAAGCACAACGAUGUCGAGGACUUGGAACGUCUGCUGAUGGAACAAGCGGCUGUUGAUAGGAAGGAUACCAAGAAGGCGAGUAAAAUAAGAAGAUUUUUGAUUGUCGAGGGAAUUUACAUCAACACUGGACUCGUUUGUCCACUUCCUGAGCUGGUGAAACUCUGCAGGAAAUAUAAAUUACGUAUUUUUGUUGAUGAAUCCAUUUCAUUUGGUACUUUGGGAAAAACUGGUAAAGGUGUUACUGAAUAUUUUGGAGUUCCACGUCAUGAAGUUGAUAUGAUUAUGGGUUCACUGGAAUGGGCAAUAGGUUCAAUUGGAGGCUUCUGCGUUGGCUCGACAUUCGUCAUUGAGCACCAGAGAUUAUCAGGACUCGGUUACUGUUUCUCAGCAUCACUGCCACCGUUGCUGACAGCAGCAGCAAUAAAGUCUCUAGACAUAAUGGAGGAGGAUCCUGGAGUCUUUGAAAAACUCAAAGACAAUUGUCUGGCGAUCCAGGAAAAACUGAAGAGGCUCAAGCAUUUCGAGGUCUCGGCACUGCCAGAGUCCCCGGUGAAACACUUGUUCCUGAAAAAUACUUUCGCUAGAGCUGAAGAGCAGAAGCUGCUCAGCCAAAUCAGCGACAGAUGUAUUGAUAAUAAUCUGGCGGUGAUACCGCCGGUUUACUUGGAAGCUGAACGUCAACUUCCUCGUCCUAGUUUGCGUUUAUGCGCAUCAAGUAAUUUUGACAGUAACGACAUUGAAUUCAUUUUUGACACUUUGGAAAAGUGUUCAAAAGAAAUUUUAGAUUAAUUAUUUUUACUCUUAUAAACUCUUGACAAAGCUUGAAAUUAUUUCGGGCUUGUUCCAAUCAAUAGACAAAUUUGUUACAAAAAAAAUCGAACAAUUUAUCAAUCAGAAAAUUGCAUAUCAAUUAAAUAGAAUAAAAUUAACGAGUGUGAAUGUAGCAGACAUCAGACAAAUUUAAAAUGAUCGAUAUAGAGAGUAAAUAAUUAAGAAAAAAUAUUUAUGAAAAAUGCAGUUAUUGAUUUUUAAAUUUUCUACACGCGCAUUUUUUAAAAAUUUUAUUGUAUUAAUUAUUUACUCUAUUGAUAAUUUUAAAUUUGAUGUCUGCUACAUUCACAAAUAAAAUUACACGCCAGUAUUUUUUAUAGACAUUAUAAUUUAUGUAUUCAAAGUAA